CAAACCCCCAAUCAAAACUAAACCCUCGGAACAUUAGGGAUUCAAAACAAAAUCAUUUCUUCCAUUGAACCUCCGAUGGCAUCCCUCAAGGAGAUCUUAACACGGCGACCAGUUUCGGCGACAAUCCGUCUCACCGUCCCAGCCGGAGGCGCGAGGCCGGCACCACCAGUGGGACCCGCACUAGGUCAAUACCGUCUGAAUCUAAUGGCAUUCUGCAAAGACUUCAAUGCUAGAACUCAAAAAUACAAACCGGAUACUCCCAUGGCCGUUACGAUAACAGCGUUUAAGGACAAUACUUUUGAAUUCACAGUUAAAUCGCCGUCAGUGACGUGGUACUUAAAAAAAGCGGCGGGAAUUCAAUUGGGUAGUACCCGACCCGGACACAUCGUGGCGUCGACGGUUACAUUGAAGCAUUUGUAUGAGAUAGCGAAGGUGAAACAGUCGGAUCCGUAUUGUCAGUAUAUGUCGUUGGAGUCGAUUUGUAAGUCUAUUAUUGGUACUGCUAAUACUAUGGGUAUUAAGGUUGUUAAGGAUUUGGAUUAGUCCAAAUUAUAAUUUCAUAAUAAUAAAAGACAAUUUUUAGGGGGUUUUUGGAGGAUGUUAUUAGGAUUUUUGGUUCAAUGUUGUAUUUUUAUAUUUUUGAUGGUAUUAUGUGCUUGUUUUUUCAUAAUGUUAAAGUAAAGGUAAGACCAAGAGAGCUGGUUUAUGCAUA